AGCGAGUCACUUGUCAUCUUCAGAGUAUCCUCGCUUUCACCUCAUCUUGCAUUUAAAUAUAGCCAUAUUUUCGGCUCACUCUCGGUUUUUUUUUCUUAUUCUCGCCAACUCAGAUUCACCGCUUGGUCCUUUCUGAGCCUCUCAUUCUAGAUUCGUCUUUGCUUUUGCACCAACCCUUCUACUAGCACUGAGUAAGUAUAAGAGGCACCUCUCCUCUGGAUUCUCGAAGACUACAACGAACAUCACCGCGAGCCGCCCCCGGCACUUUCUUACUAUUCCUUUCCGACUUAUACUGUCUUCCGGCUCAAUCGCUCAACACUAGAUUGAAUCACAUUCGUUCGACAUGCCACGUCAAAACCGUGGCCUGGUAUCCAGCCGACGUGCCUACCGCCGCUGGGAAGGCAUCGGUCUUAUGAUUAAUCGGCACCAUCGAAGAAGCACUUCUGUAUCCAGCCUGUCGUCAACUUCAACAGUCGGGCGAUUCGCGAAUGGCUCGUCUUCACCAGCCUCGUGCCUUGAAACAAUUGUGAUCGAUGACGUCGAUGUCAUUGACCUAACAAUUGAUGAUGAGACUGAGAGCCCUAAUCUAUCCGAAGAAAGAAGCGUCGCCUCAAUUCGUCAUAACAACGAAACCCUGCACGUGGGAAAUUUAGUUGAGGUUUGGGAAAAGAAAGUUGGCGACUACGAAGUGGACUUCCUUCAGAUUGAUCGUGUCAUUCAAUCCCGAGACCAACAACAAAAAACGUGGCUACAAGGGAUCCCAUUCAUCAGAAAUCGCAACAUGCGCGGCAUGUUGCCGAACAAGCCCAACGAAGUUUGUCGGAUAGAGCAUAUCGUUGCGGGCGGACUAGAUCCAAGUCCUAUACUAAUGGAUGUCCCGCUGAACAAGGUUGGCAAAGUUCGGUCCCUCAUCUUCACCAAUGCUCUCUGGCCACAGUUCAGGUCGAGCGAACUCGCCAACACCCGCCGUCACGCGGAAUAUCGCCCAACUCCUAAUGAUAGCACUUUGGUCUGCCGGUGGAAGUUUAAGAUCUACUCAAUUCCACAGGGAAGAUCGAAGAAGCCGGUCGAAGAGGUCUUCGAGACGAUCAGCGUCACCGAAGUCGACAAUCCGCGCCAUCGCGUGGAAGACUACCAUCUCUCGCAACAGUGGCGAGGCGGAGUCACUCCUGGUGGUGCCUGGGCUGCUGGCGACACACUGCCCAAAAGCGCCGAGCACGUCGAUAUAACUCCUCGUCGACGCGGACAAAAGUACACUGUCCUCGAUGCGUUCUCCGGCGCUGGUGGUCUUUCCCGAGGUGCCCAAUCCGCUGGGUUCAAAAUCACACAUGCUAUCGACAAGAGCGACGAGGAGACUUCCGUUCACGAUUUCAUCAGGUAUGCAGAGGGCCAGCAUAUCCGCGUCGAUAUUCUACACCUCUCCCCGCCGUGCCAAUACUUCUCUCCUGCGCACACGCACCCAAGCAUCCAUGACGAUGAGAAUAUCUUUGCCCUCUACUCAUGCAACGCCCUCAUCGACAAGGUUCGCCCACGGAUCAUUACAGUUGAGCAGACAUUUGGUCUUCCAAUGAAGCGCCAUGAAGUAUACUUCCAUGGCUUCCUUAACGACUUCACCCAGUAUGGGUACUCUGUCCGUUGGAAGAUAGUACGCCUUUGCACAUGGGGCUUGGCACAAGAUCGACGACGACUCAUUAUGAUCGCAGCUGCCCCUGGGGAGAAGUUACCACCUUUUCCGAAGCCCACCCAUUCCGAUGUCGGCGGACAAGACCUGAAGAGGUACAAUACCAUCAAGAAGGCAAUCGCCGGUCUCCGUCCCACGGACGACUUACAUGACCUCGCUCGGGUCAAGCGAUUCUACCCACCCAAGGGGCGGUAUGACCCCAACAAGCUAAGUCGCACUAUCACGACUGGAGGUGCUGAUUUUGUCUACUUUGACGGCACGCGGGACUUCACCCUACGCGAGUUUGCUUGCUUGCAAGGCUUUCCGAUGAAUCACGAAUUCAUCGGUGGUCGUACCGCUGUGAAGCGCCAGAUUGGAAAUGCCUUUGCUCCAAAUACCGUCAAGGUGCUUUACCAACACAUUGAGAAGUGGCUUCUGAAGGAGGACAAAAAGAUCGAGUACCAGCCAGCCCUGCCGGACAUUGUAUUGCUUGACGAUGACCUGGACAGCGACUCGUCUCACACGAGCUAUCAAAGCAGCUCGUCUCCAGAACCGGAGAUGAUGGACCUCACUGAGGAUGUCAUGAUCAUCGACACGGAAGAGACACACAGGAGCCAGGCAUCAAGCCGACGCGUUCGUUCAGCGCGAUCUCGCAUUUGGGAUAAUGAAGACGAUGUUGAUGCUGUCAUGAUCGACCUCACAUGA